AUGUUCACCUCCGCACGCUACGAUGCAGCCGCCGUAUUCUGCAUUCUGUCGGAGCUAAGCUGGAGACAACUGCGGACGUUCUUCGUGCUGCCAACGUUGUGGGUGUUUACUCUGUGCUCCUGGAUCGGAGCCGCGUAUGUCCUGAUUGCCCAGCUGCUCGUGGGCCACGCCGAGGGAGGGGCGUCGGGCGAAGACGCCAUGGAUUUUUACGGGCUACUGCUGGUUUCUUUCUGGAUGUCCAUCGUCCUGCUGCUAGAUCGGCAUAACGUGGUCGGGGUGUUUCGUGGAUACACGAGCUUGACGGAGCACGAGCGAGAUCGGGAGGGGCACGUGCAGAUGGGAGAGGUGGUUAUUUGA